CUCAGUGAACCGGUUUACUUGAUACAAUCAUUCCACAUUGCUGGCAUCUUAUAUAAAGAGCUACAUAUAUCUACUAUUCACGGUUUGAUGUUACAGAUAGAUUGCUUCGAAUUGCAUCGUAACUUCAUUAAAAAAAUUGUCGAGGUGGAAUUCUAGCUAGUCGUAUCUAAGUAGUGUUAAGUUACAGAACAAAUAGUGUUGAAAGUGUAUCUAUUUUUUCGUUCCUGACGUCAGGCUAUAUACCAACGGGGUGCAGAAUAGCUUUACGUGUUCAUUCUUUUAUGUUCCGUAAUUUGAUAAACGGACUCCAUUCAAUUGAUCAUCAAACGACGUGAGGAAUUUCCAUCCAACGACAUCCAACGAAGGAAAAAUGUUGUCCCACUUACUGAAAGAGAACAUCAACGUGAUUGUCAGCACCGGAAAUGUGCUGAACGUAAGCGACCUCCGGAAGAAAGCUGGCCAGAAACCAACAGAUGAGCUAACUGACUGUUUGCGGUCUACGUUUGCCGAUGCUGAAGUUAUUGAAACCGACGAUAAUCAGAAGCCUAAGAUAGUGACUCGCAAGAACGAUGAUCUGCUAGAGAAGGUCAAAGAGCAUGCUCGUACGGAUAUUAAAAUUGGGGCAAAAAUCUUUUUAACUCAUUUUUCGGAAGCCGGACUUACUGAGGCAGUCGAGACGUUAUUUGAGACUUUGAAUGUUUCCUAUUUGGACAAUUUGAUACUGGCCUAUCAUCCGCGAGCAGCUAACAGUUCAGCCGAUGGUGAAAUAAAUGGAGAAGUGAAGGAGGGAGUAAUCGAGUGGGCUGUUGGUAGCGAUAACGCUGUUGGAAAUCUGAAAAAGCUGUGGAGUAUAUUGGAAAAAUAUGCUAUAGACAAAAAGAUUGGCCAAUUAGGUAUCGCCGAUCUGGAUGUGGAUUCACUGCAAAAUCUAUAUGAAGGUUCCACCGUCCAUCCGUCCAUCACCCAGAUUAAUUUGGCAGCUUGCUGUGUAGUACCUCCGCAGCUGCAGGAAUACUGCGGUCAACAGGAUAUUCAGCUUUUGACACAUAGCGACCCUCAAGAUCUUCUACCCCGCCAAGUAUUGAAUGAAUUAGAACUUAGUGCAUAUCGAGCUACGUGGACCACUCGUUAUCAAGUGCACAUCAAAUGCCGCGGAGUGCUUGCAGCGAAAGGCUUUAUCGUUGGUUUAACCCGAAACUAGGACUCUCACAACAGUUUAUUGUAAUAGGUGGAUUAGCAUGGCAGGAAUGGUGAUUAUUAUUGAACUAAGCAGAAAAUGUCUAUAACAACAGUGUCAGUCCAACGAAAGAAAUAUAAUUCGUACAAAGUAUGUUCUAUAGGUAGGUGCAGGAUUUAAUGUACAAUGCUUCAUUGACGCAACACGCAAAUGGUUUAACUUUACUAGUAGGUGUACCGUGAACUGUGUCAAUCACUGUACUGCCUCAACUGUCGGCUGCACCGUCGAUAGGGGUUUGUGUCUUUACUACACUUGAACGCUUUCUCACUGUGGAAUAGCACGCAAAGUUGAAUGCAACAGAUAUAUCGAAGCAUAAUAUUAAAAUACCUCUAUGAAAAGUAUCGACGUUAACAGACGCUGGAUGGCUAGAACACACUGUAUUUAAUACAUGCUAACGUAGAAACUAUGUGAUGUAGUAGUAUACACAACCAACACAUUCAAAAUGCACUUGGGACAGUAGGAUGAGGCGCAAGUGAGAGAAUAAGCGGCUUAAAUUAGAAAACAAAAACACUUUAUACACGCAUUUUUACGUUAAAUGAUAGAUUGAAAAACAAUUGCAUUGAAUCAAAGUUAAUUGCUACCACUAGCAGGAGUGUGACGUGUGUUUCGUUUGGUAGCAAAAAAAACUUGAACUGAAAACUAUAUUAUUUUUGGGCAUUCUAUCAGUUUACAAUUAGCUAUUUUUCAGCAAUCCGAGCGCUAACUAUUUUUGAUAACGACUUUUCGUACCUCUAGUUUUUUUUGAAUGACGUGAACGUUUAUUGAUAAACUGAAAUCGAAAGGAAGGAAGGAUAGAAGAGAAUAAAGUUUUAGCAAA